CCACCGAAACCGUCUGUAAGAGAUUUGAGAUUUAGAGCCAAUUGAACUUCUCUUAGUUAAUUCAAUUCUUCUGAUAAGACUAGUAUCAAUUAAUGGCGUCUCUUGCUUCCCGCUUGCAACACUCUGUCACUCCCAAUGCCCUCAGAUCCUAUCUCGCUGAGUUUCUCUCAACUUUCUUUUUCGUCUUUGCCGCUGCCGGUGCUUCCAUGUCCACCAGGAAAAUGGUGCCUGAUGCGACAUCAGAUCCAUCUAGCCUGGUGGCAAUUGCAGUUGCAAAUGCAUUUGCUUUGUCCGUUGCAGUGUAUAUAUCAGCCAAUAUCUCUGGAGGGCACGUGAAUCCCGCUGUCACGUUUGGAAUGGCCGUAGGAGGCCAUAUAAGUAUUCCCAUGUCUAUAUUCUACUGGAUUUCUCAAAUGAUUGGUUCUGUCACCGCUUGCCUUCUUCUCAAAUUCACUAAUCAGCAAGUCCCAACACAUGGAAUUCCCCAAGAGAUGACUGGUUUUGGAGCAGCAGUACUCGAAGGCGUGAUGACAUUUGGUCUAGUGUACACAGUUUAUGCAGCUGCUGAUCCUAGGAGGUGCGUCCAUGCAGCGAUUGGGCCGUUGGCAAUUGGCCUGAUGUUGGGAGCAAACGUCAUGGCUUCGGGGCCAUUUACUGGGGGAUCGAUGAACCCUGCUUACUCAUUUGGCUCUGCUGUUGUCAAAGGGAGCUUCGGGAAUCAAGCAGUGUACUGGAUUGGACCUUUCAUUGGUGCAGCUAUAGCAGGACUUGUGUAUGAUAAUGUGGUCUUCCCUUUACAAGUGACUGAGUCUUUGAGGGGAAUAGGUGGUGGAAUUGUUGCUGUUUAAGUACUGCAUUUUUAUUUUUAUUUUGCUAUUGUUGUGUGUGUAUGUAUGUAUUACUUCUUGUUAGUCUAUAAAAUAGGAUGUUGUUGCCUUCUCUUUAUUAGAGCUUAAUCAUACACUAGUUAGUUGUUUUUGUGAAUUAAGGUUCUUCAAAUA